GAGAGUCGAAUCGUUCAAAUGAAAUCUUGGCCCAUUUUUUCUCCAAUAUUCCCCAGUAUUUUCAAGAGUCCAAACCACGGUUUUCAAGAGUCAAACUCGUCAAAUAAACCUAUAUAUAAACACACCCUACGUCGCUUAAUUAUCUAGUAGUACAACACUAAAUUAAACUUUGCCAAAAAAGAAAAGAAAAGAAUUUCAAUAAACAAAGUACCAAAUACUACACAUAUCCAACAAUAAUAAUAACCCCUAUUUUUGGCAUGCAACGUUCAUACUCCGCCAGAUUCAAAGCCAUCUCCGGCCAACUCAGGCGCGGCCGCGGGAGCCAGGAGGCGCCCUGCGAUGUGUUCAUCAACCACCGUGGGGUGGACACAAAGCGGAAUGUGGCAGGGCUCCUCUACUACCACCUCCUCGGCCUCCGCCUCCGGCCAUUCUUGGACAGCAAGAGCAUGAAGCCCGGCGAAAAGCUCUCCGAGAAGAUCCCUGCAGCCAUACAGGGAUGCAAGGUCGGGGUGGCCGUGUUCUCUCCGAUGUAUUGCGACUCAUAUUUUUGCCUGCACGAGUUGAGUUUGAUGGUGGAGAGGGAGAAAAGGGUCGUCCCAAUUUUUUGUGACGUGAAACCCUCGGAGCUCCGGGUCAAGGACGACGGGUCUUGCCCUGGCUCGGAGCUCCACAGGUUCCGCUCGGCUUUGGAAGAUGCCAAGUGUACGGUUGGACUAACGUUCGAUACUAUUAGAGGGGAUUGGUCGGAAUUUCUCGAAAGCGCAGGGGAUACGGUGAUCAAGAAUUUGAUAGAAGUUGACGAGGAGAGCAUUAACGAUAUAACACAAAAACUUGUGUAACAUCGUCUUACUAGUCUAUGAGACAGGUUAAGAUUCAGAAAAUUCA